AACUCAUCUGUCCUUUUCUGGUUCGGCCAUGGAAGGAGAAGAAGAAGAGGACGAAGAUGAAACAUUGACCGGAGAAGCUCUCCAAACUCCGCCAGUUUUUUGUCGAGUUCCGUGGCCAUUUACCUCACCCCAAUCCCCUUAAUCAUGCCACUUGCCAGGGGCCUUUAACUCUCCCAUGGAGGCAGGCAGCUAGACCUCCGCCGCCGCCGCCAGCUCCUCGGUUACCUCCCUGCAACAGAUCGCCAUGAAGAAGCGGAUGGAGACCAGCAAGCUCGCCUUGCGCUUGCUCCUGGGGGUCUCCCUCGCCGCCUUGACCUGCUUCCUCGCCGUCUCUGUCUUUUCAGUCGACCAACAACUGUCUCUAUUCUACGGAGCUUGGACCGAUCCACCGAUAUCAAGCGGAGGAGAUGACCGGGAGGACACCGCCGGCGGAUCCACGCAAGGCGUUGCUACUGCUGCGCAGUCAGGCGAGUCUCCGCCCAGCUCGAUCGACCUGAUCAUGGAAAGAAGGAAGGGAGAAGACGGUGGAGGGGGAGACCGGGAGGUGGUCAAUCCAGGCGCUGUCUCUGUUUUCCAGUCGAAUCAGAAGUCAACGUCGGCGAAGAGCAACGCUACGAAUCAGCAGUUAGAGCAAACGAGAAGAGAGAGGAAAGGGAUCGGAGAGAAGAGUAUUUGUGAUUUUUCCGAUUGGCGGUCGGACGUGUGCGAGAUGGCCGGCGACGUUCGGAUUCACGGAAAUUCCUCUGCCGUCGUCGUCGUGGGUUCGGAAGCAGAGGAGGAGGCGUGGCGGAUCAAGCCUUACGCCCGUAAGUUCGACAAGUCUGCGAUGCAGCAUAUCAAGGAGGUCACCGUGCGUUCGGCCGGAGCCGGCGCCGUCGUGCAGGCUUGCACCGUUAAUCAGACGUCCGUCCCUGCUUUGGUGUUUGCGAUCGGAGGAUACGCCGGAAACUACUACCAUGCUUACACGGACGUCCUGAUUCCUCUGUUCAUAACGGCAAGGCAGUUCGACGGCGACGUGCAAUUCGUCGUCUCGACGAGCAUGUUCUGGUGGGUGGACAAGUACAAGCCGAUCCUGAAGCAGCUGUCGCGGCACGAGAUCGUGUACUUGGACGGCGACGGGGAGGUGCGGUGCCACCGGCGCGUCAUCGUCGGCCUGCACAGCCACAAGCCGAUGUCCAUCGACCCGGCGAGGACGCCCGGCGGUUACUCCAUGCUCGACUUCACCAAGCUGAUGCGCGUCGCCUACGGGCUCGAGAGGGACCGGCCGGCCCGGCGCGCGGCGGAGCCGCCGCGCCUGCUGCUGAUCCCGCGGAAGGGCUCGCGGCGGUUCACCAACUUGGAGGAGGUGGUGAGCGCGGCGGAGGCGGCGGGGUUCGAGGUGGUGCUGGCGGAGGCGGCGACGACGACCAGGCUGGCGGAGUUCGUCCGGGUGGUGAACUCCUGCGACGCCAUGGUGGGCGUGCACGGCGCCGGGCUCACCAACUUCGUGUACCUGCCCACCGGCGCGGCGGUGGUGCAAAUAAUCCCGUUCGGGAACCUGGAGAAAAUAUCGCGGUCGUGCUUCAUGAACUCGUCGGAGGACGCAGGGCUGCGUUACCUCGACUACUCCAUCGGCCCGGCGGAGAGCAGCUUGUCGGCGCAGUACCCGAGGGACGACCCGGUGUUUACCGACCCCAAAUCCAUCCACAGGCUCGGAUGGAAGAAGAUGGGCGAAGUUUACUUGGACCACCAGGACGUGAAGAUCGACGUCGGAAGGUUCCGGCCACUCCUACUCCAAGCUCGGGAGCAUCUCCGGCGAUACACAAUUGAAGUGUGAAUCAAAUCAAUUUGCAAAUUAUUAUUAUUAUUAUUAUUAUUAUUAUUAUUUUCGUUGUUUAUGUUGAAUUGGGAAUUAAAGUAAACAGGGAUAGUAAACACAAUCGUGAAUUCGGAA